AUGAAGUCAAAACCAGCACUAAAACGACACUCAGCACCUUCUACCAGAAGACCGGUUACUGCGGCUAAGAGCAAAACACCCACUAGUAACUUACCACAAGACGUUCCUCCAAAGACCGACCUUCGAGUAAAGGGUAAACAUAGAAGUCCAACCCGACGAAGAAAGCAGAAGAAAGCGAGUGAAGAUAACACACAAAGGCGAAGUAACAGUUACUCGAGCGUUUCUUCGGCUGUAUCGACGGACACUGGUCUGGAAGGACGAACAGACCGAAACAAGAAGAAUUACAAACGACCUUCGUUCAAAGAAAGGAAUAGAAACUUAUUAAAGUACAAAAACAGCAAGAACAAUCCAGCCAGAGUUUUUCCUUUAAAUUCAAACCAAGAUUAUGCUACACCAAGUUUUCCUCGUCGUAACAUCUCUAGCACGUAUAACGAUGUUAAUACAAAUCAGAACUUAAAUAACCGAAACGCUCCACAAAGUCAACCAAGUAGAGUGCCAAGACAACGAUAUACAUCACGCGUUCCCCCAAAACGAGUCCAAAUUCAACUUCCACGAAGCGAAGACUUUCUUAGUUCUCCAAAACCAAAAAAUAGAUUCAAACAAACGUCAAAGGCAAUACUUCGAACCCAUGUCGGAGCUCGAGCAUUACUGCUCCCAACCGUUUUUUCUACGAUCUUCAGCAUAGUUGCUUUUAGCAUUGCAGUAACAGCGUUAGUGACAACGAGGAAUCACAAGAACGAAAAAGCGGCGCAGUUUGAAGAACUUGUGAGAGCGUUGGAUAAUUUAAACAGCUCAUUCCACCAGAGGCGACAACUUGAAAGAUUCAUAGCGCACGACGAAGUGCUCAAUAAUUCCAAAAAUGGGCAGGAUGUUGCGACAAAUACAGACACGCAAAGACACGGAGUAAUUGAGGCUUUGAACUUUUAUAAUGACCUGCGAGACAAUUUGACAGGAAAUAGUCAGCAGCUUGUUGAUCUGAAGCUACAACUGUAUGAAGAGUUGCUUGAAAUUGAUGAGAAGAUACAAAGUAUUGAACAUGAAUUAAGAGAUUCAGCUGUGAGUAUGAAGGAAGGAGAAUUGGAAGAAUUGAUUAAGCGAAGAAUUAGUGAAUCCACGGGACAACUCAAUGAGAUUCUCUUCAGGACUAAAUCUUUGCUUGAAAUCAAACCUUUUGCAAAGUUGUUUGGGAUUAAUGCAAGCAGUUUGAACAAUACAAGGAAGAGUGGGAAUAAAGACAUCGAGUAUAUGAGGUUAAAGCUUGGUGUGUUUGGGAAUUCUAUAAGAACUUCGUCCAAUCAAGCCGAGAUGAUAAAAAUGUCGGGGAAGAUGCGAGAAUGUGAAGAAAAGAAUGUAAAACACGAGAAUCAUCUUCAUGAGUUGGAAUCUUUGGUGGAAAAAAGGUUAUCAAUGUUGGCAUCAAACUAUAGCAACGUGUUGAUGGAUAUAAAUGCUCUGCAUGAUAAGUUUGUGAACUUAACAGAUCAAGAUACAGAACACGAACAACGGUUGGAUUUAUUACAUAUAGAACAGAAGAACUUACACGAGAACUUGACGUUGCAGCAAAUUGAAAAUAAUAACAAAUGGAACAAAACGCAAAAAGAAAUAUUUUCUAUGCAAAGAAAUUUCGAUAAAUGGAGAAAGGAAGUGACAGAGAAAGCCGAGAAUGAUACGUUGCUUGUUGCAGAUGGUGUGGACCAAGUUAAUGCAAGUGUUCAUCAGCUAGGAGAAAACCUAAACAACCAAAUUUUGCUUCAAAAAAGAAACACUGAUAUACUUGUGCAAAACGCAUCUGAAACAGCCCACGAACAGUUUACGUAUCUUAAACAGAUGGUUCAAGCAAUUGAAAACAAAACAAAUUUACAAGUUAGUUCGACGAAUAAAAGGGUUGAUGACCUGGUGUUGGAAAUUGGGAACAGUUUCGGGAAACAAAAAGAAAAAUUCGAGGAGAUUCAACGUAAGCUUGAUGAAAAACUGCAUAAUAUUAGCAAUGUUAUUCAGACAGAAGCAAAUAUAAGUCGAAGCAAUUAUAAUGAUGUAAAGCAAUGGGCAGAGGGGGGGUUGGACAAACUAAAUAUGGGAAUAUUUAACUUGGAUAAAAAUCAAAGCAAAAUGGAAGAGCAUUUAUUGGUUGUUGAAACAUUGGGACAAAUAAAUGAGAAGAAAAUAUUUCAAAUGACUCAAGAUAUGUUAAACUCCUACGUCGAAAGACGGUUGGCAGAUGAGAAGUUUGAAGCAGAUUUACAACGGUUGAACUCGACUUGUGGUUUAUUGCUUACUGCUCAUGAAGAACUCAGUUCUUGUGUUUCCAAAAUGAACUCGAAUUUAACAGAAGACUUACAAAAUCUUCGUUUAGCAGAUGCAAAGUUGAAUAUGACUUUACAAGAUGUGGGUAGAAAAUUUGAUACUGAGUUAUGGAUCUUGGACACAACAACUAAAACACUUGAAACAGAAGCUGUCGCCAUACGUGAAAAUGUAGCUGCUCUAAACGAAGAUUUUAAACAAGCUAAUGUUACAGUUCAACAAGAACUGGGGCAAUUGUCACAAAGUUUUAAUGAAACUGCACUGAAGACAGAAGAGAAAUUGAAUGAAACUCAAAAUAAUAUAGCUGAAGUUGAGACUCAGUUGAAUGGAAAGGUAGAUGUAUUACGGCAGAAAGUUGCGGAAGGUGACGGUCUUGUUCAAGCUACAAUGGUUAAAUUGAAUGAGACAUUACGUCAGAAGAUUCGCAAUCAUUCCUUUAGGCAUGAAAACGAAAUUACUAAACUUGCUCAGUCAGGAAAAGUUAUGAAAAAGAUCUACGUCAAACAAGCUAAACAAAUCCUGAGCAUUUUAUCGAAGCAAGACAAGUUGGAAAGCGAGGUGAUUUCGGAAAAGCUAAACCGAAGUGAAGAAAACGAAGCUAGAAAAAUGGAAAUGAAAAAGUUAGAAGCUGAAAUGGAAAAAGAAAUGGUUGAUUUGAGAGACUCAUUACAACAAGUUGGUCGAAGAUUCGAUAAGAAACAUAAUGCGACAAUUAGUAUGGCUGAAGAAAUUAGAAGGAAUGUAUCUUCAGUAAAUGUGACGUUGAUGCUACAUAAAAUGGACACGAAACUGAAGAUUGAACGUUUAAAGGACAGUAAUAGAUUAAAUAUGGACGGGAUCAAUGAGGCUGCAAAAGAAAGAGAAAAUAUAAGGAGCCUUAUAGAGGAAUUAGAGAGUAAAUCUAAAGAUGAAAUUAACGGCAAAGCCAAUCGUUCUGAGAUAAAGCAAGUUAUUGAAGAUUUAAACAAAACAGCAAGUCAUAAUGACAGAAAUUUCGCCAUGCUGGAAAAAUUAAUAGAAGAUAUUCUUGAGGAUGAUAUGGAAGAAAUCAAGAAUUCUUUGCUUAAUAUAACUGACAAUGUGUUUAAUUUGGAAAAGGGUCAUGGAGAGAUGUUGGGCCAACAUGCGGAUACGUUGAACGCUACGGGAACAACGGUUAUGGGUUUGACUAAGCAGAUUGUAGAGCUGAAAACAUAUCAGAAGAAGCAGGACGCAAAUGUUGAUGCAACUAUCUUGGACGUUAGAAGAAACUUGAAUCAAACAAAUCAAAGUGUGUUGGGAAAUGAUGCCAGGUUAAAUAAAACAAUUAAAAAUUUCGCUACAAAAGCGGUUCAUUUAGUCGAAACAAUGAAUCAAAUGCGAGAGGAAUUAGGAAGAAGUUUGUCUUCAGUGAGGUUAGAAGUACAAUACAACUUUGGGACACUGGAUGAGUUGUCUUCAAAAAUGAUGAAUCUUAGUUCAUCGGAAGAGUUAAAUUCACUGGCGAGAGAAGUGAAUACUUUCAAAUCUUCGAAAGAAGUCAUGCUGGCAAAUUUAAGUAGGAUAUCUGAUGAUACGAUCGGCUUGAGACGAGAACUUACUACAGCUGAAGUAAGAUUAAAAGCCUUAUCCGGAAUCCAAGAGCUUGUGGGUGCAUUGGAGCAAGAAGUGGCAGAUCAUAUAUUGGAAGAUCGGGAUGCUUUGGAGAGAUUGGAAGAAGAAAACAUAAGAAGACUUCGAACAUUGGAGGAUAAGAUUGUAAACGCAACUAGCAAGGAUGUUGGGAGAUUAAGUAAAGAAGUUGUAGGUUUAAAUAAUUGGGUUCAAGAAUGCUGGGAUUUAGGUGAAAGUGUUAAAGUUGAUAGUGCUGAAAUGAAAAGUGAAUUGGAGAUAAAUGCAAGUGAACUUGCAAAAUUGGAAAAAACUGUAGAUAAUGUAAUUGUGAAUAUUAGUUCUGUCGAAGAGAAACAACGAGAAUUAUCAAAUGAGGUGACAAAGAAUGCAUUGAAUGAAUCUAAACACCAGGAUUUAGAAACAAUGGUGAAAAGUGUGGCGGAAGAUGUCGACACGUUGAAAGUAGAUUUGGAAAACUCAACUCGUGGGAAUGAUCGUCUUUAUGAAGAGAUGAAACGGUGGUGCAAUGAAAAGCAACAAGAAUUUAAACGAAAUCAAACUGAAACUUUUGAAGCGUAUGAAGAGGAAAUGGAAAAUGAUAGAAACAAGUUUGACAUCCUGAACGACAUUGUUGCAAGAUUGGAAGUGAAUCUUCAAACCUCAAUGGAGGAAAACGAGGGUGUCCAGCAAGAAUUGAAGCGAUGGUUGGAACAGGAACAACAUAAGUUAAUUGAAAAUGUUACUGAAGGAUUGAAAAUGUUUAAAGAGAUCUCGAAAGAGAACAGGAAUAAGCUUAAUAUUCUACACGAGACAGUUGAAGCUCUAAAAGGGAAUCUUGAAAAUUCAACCGAAGAAAAUGAACAGCUACACAAAGAAUUGAAACAGGAGAAGGAAAAACAGGAAAUGAUGAAAAAUGUAACUGAAAGCUUGAAAUUGUACAACGAGAAUUUAAAUGAAAACGUAUCCAAUCAGCUCAAACUUUUAAAUGAAAUAGUUAAGGCGUUGAAAUUGAGUUUAGAAAACUCAACAAAAGAAUAUGGGCAGCUGUACAAAGAACUGAAACAGUUGUUGGAAAAGAAAGAACAAGGAAUUAUGAGAAAUGUGACUGAUAGUUUUAAGAUAUUUGAAGAGAAUUUGAAAGAAGACAAAGAAAAUGAGCUUGAAAUAUUGUACGAAAAAGUUAAAGCUUUGAAAUUGCACCUGGAAAACUGGAACAAAGAAAGGGAGGAGAAUUAUCAAGAGUUAAAGCAAUGGUGGAUACAAGAAGAGGGUCGUAUGAUGAGGAAUAUAACUAAUGGGUUAGAAUUAAAUAAGAGGGAUUUGGACAUGUACGAAACCAGGUUGGAUCGUUUGAAUGAAACAGUUGUAGUUUUAAUGAGCAAAUCUAAAACAGGUGCAAGAGAUUUAAACUCAUCUAUUGUUGAUGGAAUGGAACAGCUUCGUUUAUCAAUGAAUUCUAGUAUAAAUAGAGUGAAGUUAGAAGUAAACGAAACGGCAUCACGAAAUAAAGAAUUAGCUCAAGUGAUUCAAAAUGUGACUCUUAAAGUUAAUGGCGUGAGCAGUGACGUAACCGAUUUAAAAGAAGAAAUAUAUGUAUUACACAAUCAAGAUUCACAAAUUCGAAAUGAUUCGACAAUACUUAACUCUAACUUUCAAAGAGAUAUAAAUGAAAGAAUUGGAAAUCUCUCUGAAGAAGUGUUUGAAAGCUUAAAGUUAGAGUUUGAACAACUAAACCAAACAUGUUCUUUAUGUCGUCGAGUCGUGCGAAGAAAAGUUAAAGUAGAAAAACCUGGAACAGCAGAAUCUAAUCCUGCACCAACUAAAGCAAAAACAAGCAACGAAACUUUGGAAACCUUACGCAAGAAAAUACUUAAACUUUCCCGGAAGUUAGACGUGUACAAAGAUGGCACGGAAACGAGGCUUGUAAAGCUUGAAACUCAUGCUAACAAUGAAACUACUUGGAGAAGAAAUACAGCAAGCAGGUUGCUCAACUUUGAAUUAACUGUGGAUAAGUUGGACUCUAAAGAUUUACACCACGAGAACCGAACGCUAACGAUGUUGGAUCAUGUACAAAUAAUACAAAACGACAUUGAACGGCUAAGGACGGAGUUGGAAUCGAAAGACAACUCGGAUGAUAUCGCGCAGAUGUCUGACCGCGCUGAGGCGCUAGAGAGCUUUUUAUCAAUGAUUAUGAUGGAGCUAACGAACACGAAAGAAAACAUAAACGAGGCGUUGCUGCAAAUAGAAGCAGUUAAAAGUCACAGUGGCAACACAGAAGAUCCUACGCUGAUCAAGUCGGUAAAGGAGGAACUAGGAAAACUUCGAGCAGAGUUCGACGAAACUAAAGAACUUGAAGACGAAGUUAGAAGAAUGAACCAAAGGAUGAAUGGAUUCGAAGACAUUGUUGCGUCACAGCAGCAACUCUUGCGUCAUCUAAAUAAAUAAUUGUUAAGAAAUAUACAAUGAAACACAUGUAUGAUGUUACUCACCAUAAAGCAGUGGAACAUUACUAUUUGCAACGGCUCCAAGUCAUAAGCGUUUAUGCAAAGGUAAAGAGGAUCAACUUUGAUCGACCAUGGACGAAAUCAAAGUAACAAUACAAACGUAAAACAACUUUUCAGUGAUCUUAACCGGCUUUAGAUUUUCCAAACAACUUUUAACGCUGAAUGUGAGGAAGGGCUUGUUCACAUACAAAGGUAUCAAUUUUAGCUUAGCAGGAAAGAAUAUAAAACCUCCUGCUUGCAAGUGAAUAAUUUCUGAAUGAACCUGUACUACCUUUGUGGUGUUGUGUUACAUAUACAACGCUUUUAUGUGUUGUAUACAAAAUUCAAAAUCUUUCUAUCCCAAUAUUAUAAAACCAAAGAGAUUAAAACCAUUUCUUUGUUAUACCUUGUUCCGUUACAACCCCCACAUUAUAACCCACCUUGUUCCGA